AUGGCUGUAGAUCAGGUGUUACCACACCCUUCGGGGCUCCCGCAUGCAUCUCUUCAAGAGAAGGAACCAAUAACGGUUCUAACACAUGAGAUAGCGAUGGCUCCCGCUGAUAGCGCCGGCAUCUUCGCACAUGAUGGAGAGCACUUCUUCGUCCAGUCGCCAUAUACCGAGCGGGAACACCUUCUCGACUUGAGAACUCUCGACGUAGAGAAUGCACUGCUCGCUCGCGCACUUGCUGGCAUGCGAUGCUUGCGGUCGGAUUAUGCUACCUCCCCAUACGCCGAAACAUUCAACUGGGAUGAGGUCAUUGAAAAUUUGAUACAACUCGUACAGCAACACGAAUAUAGGUGGAAGGAGACUUCCUUCUUCAUCGUGGCUUUUCGGUCACAGAUUCCGCCUACGACGGUGUACGAGGAUCUGGGGGCGCUGGACAAGGUAGCGCAUGCAGAAGCGGUAGCUAGCGGUGGCUUUCUGAAAUAUUGGUUCGGGCAUCCCGAUAAGGACGGCAGAAAUCUGGCUACCUGCCUGUGGAGAUCGCAAGAGGAUGCGAUAAAGGGAGGAGUCGGACCUGGACAUCGUAAGGCAGCGGCGGCAACACGGUCGUUGUACUCGCAUUGGAAAAUUGACCGGCACAGGCUUAUCAUCCGGGAUGACGUGCAAAGCUGGGAAAUUAUUGACUGGGAAUGA